CACUGCUGUACAAGUUGGUAUAGUAUGAAUGUAUACAUACACUUGAAGUUGGGAUGAAAGCAUGCUUAUUCUGUAAUGAAGGGUGCUUAUUAAUUAAUGUUAAUUGGAUUACAGUGGUACUUAUACGAAACCGUCCCAGCAAUUACGCGUUACAUAAAGCAGAUUCAUUAGAAAAUCUCAAAAUUCAUAUAAUUCCAUUACCAUGAUUAACAACAAUGUUGGGUUCACAUUUUUACUGCAAUUCGCAUACGGAUAAAAGGAAAGUGAGUUUAAUUUCUAUUGAGUGUGGAUGACAAAGUCAAAACGUUCAUGAAUGUGUUAAAGUAUAUUGUUAUGUGAAUAUCAUGUUACAUCAUUUCACACGUCAUGAAUGGAAGGAUUAUUUUAGUUUACGAUGAAAUUGUGACUUUAUUCGUGUUAGAAAUAUUUGAAUAAAUCCUGCUGACUUCAUGUCAUAAAAAAGCGUCUUUGGACGUAUACUUACUAGUCUGGUGUUAUGAAUGUCUCUAAAUGGUAAACUUACUAAACCUUUGGAUUUUCGAUUUAGACUGGAUCUCACGUGCAACGCUAUGUAUGCAUUCUGUGAAACGUGCAAUUUGGAAGGAUUAAGGCUUAGAAGAUGUGACACAAAUGUUAAAGCAAUCCAAUGGUCGGGAUAUAAUGAAUUCAAAUGUCGUGCCCGGCCGGCGAUAUAAGGUGAACGCAUCCGAUUGGUUGCUGGUUGCUGGGAUACUGAUCACGUGCUUCAAUCUGGUGUCAUCACUUCCGCUCGAAAGUUUUUACCCUUAUGACGUCACCGGCGGGGACAACAGAACGGAAGUGAAAGAUGACGGAGGUUCUCCGCCUAUAGAUCUCUACGUCAGCUUUCCGUUCUUUAACAAGACCUACAGUACAGUAUAUGCGAACAACAACGGCAUUAUCUCCUUCAAAGACAAACUGACCUCGUACAAACCUCAUAAUUUCAACAGCGCCAUAUUCCAAAACGAGGUACCCUUAGUGGCCCCGUAUUGGGCAGAUGUGGAUAUCGAAAACGUUAAGGGUUUAAAUGAAACCAUUGUGUACCGAUUGGUCGACAACGAACGCUCAGAUUCUGCCAUAUUAAAUCGUGCUUCUCGUGAUGUGAGAAAAUAUUUUAAGGGUGACGGUGAUUUUUCAGCGAAAAUUGUGUUAAUAGUAACUUGGUAUCAAGUUGGAUUUUACGGCGCUACGUUGACGGGGAAAAGUAAGCGAAACACGUUCCAAACGGUGCUAAUAACGGACGGGCAGCAUUCGUACGCCAUAUUCAACUACAACAAUAUCACGUGGACAACUGGUUCGAACAGUGGUGGGGACGAAACGACUGGUUUGAGCGGUUCAGGAGGCGAACCGGCCGUGGUUGGUUUCCACUCGGGCGGGGACAGAUACUACAUUAUCCCCCAAUCCGGGACGCCGGCCGUCCUCAACAUAUCCACCACCACCAACGUGGACGCCCCUGGCCUCUACGUGUUCCGAAUAGAUGGACCGGACGUCAAUAAUAUCAGCUGUUGGCCUUCCGCUGAUCUAGUUAUAUCCCCAACGACGGUGUCAAUGCUAGGGGGUGAGGCGAUCACACUACGGGGCCCCUGUUUCACAGCGGGUCAGGUUAUUGAAGCCUCUAUCCCGUCCCUGGGGGUGACAUUCCCGUGUGAGGUGGAGUUGGACGCAAGCGUGGCCAUCUGCGUCAUGCCGAGCUUGUUCAGAACAGGGGAGCUCACUCUUGUAUUGAACGAUACCGACUCGUCUGUCAUUUUCAACAGUGUCCAUAUAAUGAACGUGCCUGCGCUCGUGACGAGGCGAGCCCCGGAUAAUUGGUGGUCGGGGCGGAUGGUGACCGUUUCCUGGCAAGACGUGGACCACGUGCCUGCCUCCAUCCAGAAAGAGGUCCAACUCCUUAGAUAUACUGAGUCAGGUUCCCGGCCGGAGAUGGUCAUGGUGGGCAACUACAGUGUGGAUCCGGGGGCCACCCACCGCCAGUUCCGGAUGGACAUCCCGCGAGGCAAUCUCAGCACUCUAGUCAUUAAGCUGUGUUGGCCCUACCACCAUUUUCACAUAGAUCCCGUGUGUAUCUGGUCAGACGUAUUUCCCGUACAGUGGAGUACCGCGAAUCGUACAGACAACUCGCAGCAGUGGUGUGAACGAUGGAUAGAGAGGGAACAAAAAUUACCAGGCGUGGAUAUACACUCGCCAUAUUGUCCUUGUGUGGCGUCAAUUGCCGAAAGAGACGUCGGACAUUUCCACAAGGAUUCUUUCUGUGAUAAUUCUAAAAACAGUGAUAACAACUGUGAAUACAAUCCAAAUGCUCAUAAGUGCUUUAGACGGAAUAUAAAAAGCGCCACAGACAGCGGGGAGACCUGCUGCUAUGAUGGCGGCGGUAACCUUAUGGAUAUCCGUGAGAGCCCAGGGGCAGGGACCCACCAGCGCUACCACAUCCGUUCCCAGGGAGACGGGAUCGUCCCCUUCUUCUCGUACUUUGAGCAGGACAUCCUCCCUCGCGUCCAUUGCUGCCAGCAGUCGAGCGCCUUGUGUGAGAAGUUUAUACACUACCGCCCAGCUACAACGUGCCAAAAUUACUCCGCUCCUAGUCCUGCACAAGCGGCGGGCGACCCACACCUUGUGACGUUAGACGGUCGAAAUUACUCGUUUAACGGGGUCGGGGAUUUCUAUCUAGUCAUGGACGAAGCAUCAUCCACUGUGAUUCAGGUCCGAGCGAUCAGGGCGACUGAUAAAAAUGGCGAUCUACAAAAUGCAACAGUAUUUUCCUCGGUGGGCGUGCGGACGGCGGGCUCGGACAGCCUGGAGAUCCGGAAGCCCCCAGGGGGCACCCCGAGCCACGAGGUGCUUCUGAACGGCGCCAUCCUGAUAACCACACCUUCAACUACCUCACAAUUUAAAAACAUUUCAUUAACGCACACAGACGAGGGCGAAUUCCUGGUCGUAUUGGAGCCGGUCAGUGUCUCCGUGACGGUCCAGGUGACGCCCGACCUUCUAAACAUUAUCACACUAGUGGGCGAGGAUUCCAUGAAAGGAAGCCUUCGUGGGUUGCUAGGCAACUACAACGGAGAUUCCCGUGACGACUUCCGGCCGCGCUACACGGACGCGCCGAUCCCCGCGGACUCCAGCAUGCGGGAUAUCCACUUCCGGUUUGGAAUGACAUGGUUGGUUCCUGCCAACGAAUCCAUUAUGUCCGAUCCCCCGGCCACGCCCCCGGACGAGUUCACUCCAUUGUUUAUAGACGAGCACCAGCUGUCCCUGCCUAACGACACGGACGCCGUGUGUGCGGAUAACAUCAUGUGUCGCUAUGACUACGCUGUUACGAAGAAGGAAUCUAUAGCCAAGUCAACUGCUCAGUUUACGGAGAGUUUCAAACAGAUGCAGGCCAAUCUUAGUCAAAAAGUCAUCCGAUGUCCAUACUUAGCCAUACCAGAGAAUGGUAACAAAACCCAAAGCAACAAUUCGCUUGGGGGCGUUGCUACGUUCACGUGUGACCAUGGUUUUGAAGUUACACAGGGAACGCCCACUCGCACGUGUCAAGAUAAUGAAAUGUGGGACGGUGAAGAUGUCGUCUGCGCGCAGAAAUUGACCCCCAAGGCGGACUCGAGCGUGAUACUGAUUGCGGCGAUGAGCGGGACGGGCGGUUUCAUCGUAUUUGCCAUAGCCAUCGCCGUCGUCAUAUGCAGGUGGAGGAAAACAAACAAGAAUAAAGAACCUGACCCUGCGCCGAUUCCACUCCCAAUCUGGCCUCCCCCCGUCAGUUCCAUCUUCGAGAGCUCCGAAUACCGACGAAGGCUCCAAACACUGUUCAACGAUGGACGGUACGCACUGCCACGACCGAAGUAUGUCAGCCCUCAGGUGUACGAUUUCUUCUAGCCCCCGCGAUAAAUGGAGUGUGAAAUAAAUAAUUAAGAUGGACAAUUUUCCCUAUGACUCUGACCAUCUUUUAACAAUGCCAUUAAGUGGUCAGGUCCAUUUGUGAACAUCUGAGCUCUACAAACGACAGAGGCUAUGUGAAAUCAUGGCCACAGACAAUCAGUUUGCUUUUUGACUGUCGAUGAAACAGAGCAUAACCGGAAUUGUGGAUCCGAAACAAGUCCUCCGAUAGAAACACAUGCAGCAGCAGCAACGAGAACAACAAUUGCUAUCAUCCUGCUGUAUAAACAACACUCAUAUUGAGCCGUUUCGCAUAUGAAUGCACGAAAAGUCGUGCAUAACGAUACUGUACCAAGCGGCGCUGAAUGCAUCACUGUACCAACCAGCCUGGGUAACUGUGUGAAAUAAACUGACGGACUCGAUGGCGUGUAUGUGUUUCACUAAUGUGCAAAAUUGUGUAUAACAUAUAUACAAAACCACUUUGUAUUACACCAGUGUAAAAAUCAGAGUAUUACACCAAUGUACAAAAACUGUGUAUUACACCAAUGUAAAAAUCGGUAUGAAUUACACCAAAUUAAACACAUGUGUGUAUUACACUAAUGUACAUAAACUAUAUGUAUUACACCAAUGCAAACAACUUGUGGUAUUACAACAGUGUACAAACAUGUGUAUUACACCAAUUAAAACAACUGUGUAUUACACCAAUGCACACAACUGUGUAUUACACCAAUAUACACAACUGUGUUUUACACCAAUGUACAAAACUGUGUAUUACACCAAUACACACAACUGUGUAUGACACCAAUACACACAACUGUGUAUGACACCAAUGUACAAAAAUUAGUGUUCUAAACAAAUGUAAAAAGAACAACUUGUGUAUUACACCAAUGUUCAAACCAAACCGUGCAUUUAAAAAAAACUGUAUUUUACACCAAAUUGAAUGUUGAAUGUGCAAAACACUGCACUAAGUGCUAUUCGUCAUGUAUAAUGUUCGUGUGUAGAAACGAGGACGAUAUAAUCAUUGCCUUAUUUGUGAUACUUUGAAAAUAAUCUACGCCAAUGAAGGUGUGAUGUGCCAAAUAUUGAUUUUACUAGUUCUUAGUUAGCAUUUGUGUUAUAUUGACAAUGUCUUUGAACACGAGUAUAUAAUAUAUCUUAAUACUUUGAUGAAAAUUGUUAUGUGUUUAAAAAUGACAUGAAACUGUUGUAAAACAGUAUAUGUGUGCACAUGUAUUCAUGUAUUUUUAUCAGGAAUUUUAAUUGAGAAAUUUAAAUGAAUAAUGUUUUAGCUUACCAAUGAUAAUGUUACUAUAGUGCGUUCCCUUGAAUACAGAAUUCCUUUCCAUUUUGUCUAUGUCAUUUAAGUCGACAGCGCAAUGCAAGUCAACAGUCUAAUACAGAAGAAAGACUACCCUUAGUUAAGGGUGACCUUUUUUACAAGAGAUAAGCUACCAUUAGUUGACUGCUGACUUUACUAACAACAUAUUUGGCUACCGUUAGUUGAGAUUGAAAAGCCUUUUAACUAUGAGUUCUGGAAUAUGUUUGUUAAUUUUAUGUUUAAGGUUUAAGCGUCAUGUUUUUGUUUCAGUCCUUUACGAUUGUUUUCUGCUUGUUUGUUUUUUUAAGAUUGCAGCUUCAUACUGAUAUAUAGUCAAAACUCGCUAUGGCGAAGUCGUUGUGUCCUCGGGAAACACUUCGAGAUAACGGAAAUUCGAUAUAACCAAGAUACAGAGCAUGUCUAACUUAAUCCAAAAUAUUAAAGGAAAGUUCGAUAUAAACGGAAAUCGAGGUAACAGAGUUCGACAUAGCGAGUUUCGACUGUACAUAUUUGUAGUUACCAGAAACGUGGUAAUAUAUUUCAAAAAAUGCUGGGAGCGUUUUAUAUAAUGUAUGUUUAUGUCAUAUAUGUGCGAAUUGAAGGACUAACGUUGAGGAGUAUUAUGGAAGUGCAGAUCAUAGGUGCUUAUAGAAACAAAGGUGCCAUUAGAAAUCUAAGUCAUUCACAGCACUGUCUUGACCAUAACCGACCUACCAUACACAUUUCUACGCAGUUGUGGUCUAUUUUCGUAACAUGUUUUUAAAAUUUGCAUUAUUGUCCUCAGCUAUGUUUUGGAAGGUCAUAUUGCUCUAUUAUUUCAAUGACAAAUUACCAAUUACGAAAAUGUGUGCUACUUUAUAUAUUAUUAGGUAAUUGACAUUUAGAAUGCACGGUGACUUUGCAAUGAAAAAUCAAGCUGUUAAUAAUUAAUAUUAAUCGAACACUAAAUAGAACCCAAAACACACAUAAUGUUCGUUUCAAUAAACAAAUAGUCGAAAAAAUCGAUCUUUUUCACGUUAUGAUAAGGCACAUACAAUUAUGUUCUACUUUAUGUAUUUAAUUAAUGAAACUCACUGUAAAUAUAUCAUUUCGUUAACGAUGAUGUCUUAGAUGUAAAUAUUGUUUUAUGUUCAUUUUUCAUUUUAUAAUUGUUACAGAUUCGUUUUUAUAUUUGCCAUCAUCGUCAUCAUUAUCAUCAUCAUAAUGAUUGUUAUUAUUUAUUUUAUGACUUGUAAAAUUUGAAACAGACACAAUAAGGAAUAAAACGGCAGAACCUCA